GGCAGCCUCAGUAGAGUAAGAGAGAUGCUGUAGUGAACAUCUACACAGCUGUGUGUGUGAGGAUACAGUUCCUCCAUGGAAUCUGGUCAUUCUGUGUUACCACCCGUAGUUCGGAGAUUACCCCACCCACCCACUUAUCGUCGCCUGUCACACAAAGUGUACUCUACUCUUGGACAAAUCCUCGACAUUUUGGAGCAGCUGAAACCCAGCGAAGAUCUUCGUAGCCAGCUGCAGAAACUUGUUGUGACAGAAGCUGACGAUCGCGCCACCGCGCCUCAAGGCCUCGGUGCGCACGUCGAGUUAGAUCCGAGCACGAUCAUAAAGGUCUCCCGGAUCCUCGGCGCACUGGACUCCCCCCGUGACACUUCACACGGCAGUGGACGUUCAGACAUGAGUUCGGUACAAACCCAUGGGACCACUUUCGCCUCCUCUGUCGACCUGGCUCGAGUCUCAGAAGAGACCCCAGGUACAAGCAAAGUGGGUGGGGAACGGGUGUUGAAGGCCUCGAGUGAUGGCCGUAAUCUUUCACUAUCCAAACAGGAUAGUCUGUAUCUUAUGAAAAAGAUAAGGGACUUCGAACAGAAGUGUAAACCCUUACAAGAAAAAAAUAAGAAGUUUCUAGAAAGAAACAUGGAACUUACGAUGCAGAACAGGAACUUGAAGGAACAGAUAAGGAAUAUUGUCGGUGAAAACAAGACAUUGAAGGAGCACCUCAACAUCUGCCGACAGAAGUGUUCUGGGUUGUCAAGGCAACUCAACGACGCCGAGGUAGAGCGAGCCAGACUGGAGAAACAUGCACAGGAAGUGGAUAGGCUCAAAACUGACAAUGAGGAACAGGCUAAAACUAUCACUGCAAUGAAGCAACUGGCUGUUGAAAAGGACAGAAGAAUGGAAGUACUGCAACAUCGAAAGAAACGACGACUGCGUCUCUCACCUGAAUAUUUAUCUCGACUGGGCAGUCCAAGCAGUGCGGAUGACGAGCGUUCACAGGACUCUGAUCUCUCUGUGACAUCUGUGUCUCAGAGCUGCUUGUCAGAUGAUGACAUAAUUGAAGAGUUACCGCCUGAUGAUAAUGAAAGACUUGACAAGAAAUUCCGGACCCUGCAAAAGGAACAUCUGCUGCUUCAGAAGUCUACAGCCAAGCUGCAGGGCAUUCUGGGAUGGGGCGUAGACCCCCAGAGAUAUGUCAAGACAAAGCUUGAUUUUGAAGCGGACCUGUAUGUGUCCCGAUGUAAGAUAGACAGUCUGGAAGAGUGCUUGGAGAAAUAUAAGGACAAUGAUGCAAGCUGGACCACAGAGAAAGAACAACUUUCAGCUAAAAUACGAACCCACCAGCAGACGAUAGACCAGCUGGAGUUACAGCUAAGGGAGACAACUGGUGCCUAUGAAGAGCUGAAGGAGCAUUCAGAACAGCUGGAGUUCUUGGUCCUGGAAACUCAGGAGAACACCAAGAAUGACAUAGAAACAGAUGAUGCCUCUACCAACACUGACAGUGGUUACUAUGGUGAGGAAUCCACAGGACAGCAACAGAGGUCUGCAGACACAACAAAGGAUAUAGAAGAAAUAGUGCAGGACCAACACCAGCAGACAGAUUUGUAUAUUGAGGACAAUAUGGCAACGGAGAAAACUGAUCGGUAUCACUCCAUCGUGAAUGACCUCGAGACCAAACUGACCAAUCUGCUGCGAGGUCAAGGUUCAGAGGUCAAGGACGUCAUACAACAGCUCAGAAAGGCUGAACGGCAGCUUCACUCCACCAAUGACAUGGACAAGGUCGUUCAAGGGUUGAGGGGCCAGAUAGGUUCCCUGCAGCAGGAGAACGCUCGCCUCACUGACAGGUUGACGCGCUGUAGGGACCGCCUGGAUACACAGGAGCUGGCCCUUACAAGGGACGAGAGGGAGGAACUCAUGGCUGUCAAGCCCAGCAAGGGGGAGAGUGACAUAAGUAAUAGGCUGCGGUUAGCAGAGGUAGGACACCACCAAGUUAGGGAUAGAUCACUCGAGCGCACAGAAUCCUGGGAGCGGCUCUGCAGUUCCCCUUUGUUGCCAACGUCACACGCAGGGAACCACAAUGGCAAUCUUGCUCGCUUGAAACCUGCUUCUGUGGGAAGGACCGGGGAUCAAGCGCCGAUACGAAGCAGAACAGUUUCAACUGAGUCGGAUAAGAGUUUCCAUAGUCAGGAAUUAGUUACAGACUAUGUAACACCAGUUACAGUUGCUGAAACAGAAACAAACGCAGGCAGACAUCUGAGAACCAAUAGUCUGCCUUCAGUACAAGCCCAGGCACUGACUGACAAAGGCAUGUCGAGCGAAGUGGAAAUGCUUCGCCGUCAGACCCAAGACUUGAAAGAUGAGAACGACGUUUUGAGAUUUGAGUUGAUGCAGCAGAGAGGUCAUACUGACUCAGACGGGUCUGAUGGCGAGGAAUCAAGAGUCAGCGAGCUUCGUGAGACGUGCGAGCACCUGCGUGAGAGAAUCCAGACGGCCGAAGGAGGGGAGAGGCAAGUUAGGGACCGGUUGAAACUGGCAGAGAAACACAUCAUGGAGCUGGAACUGAACGAGACGGUACUGCGCGACAGAGUGGAAGAGGGCAAUGCAGACUGUGAUAAACUCCGCAAACAGAUUGUACGUCUGCAACGAAAGAUCCGGGAAUCGAAAGACGUGAUUUCUGACAGGGAAACUGCAGAGAUGGGUCUGGUUGCUAAGCUGAAGUACAUGGAAGAAGCAGAGGCAGAACUUUCACUGAAGGUGACAGAGCUGGAAAGGACUAACCACAUCCUGCAGCAGCGUCUGGAUGUUCAGGAGGAGAACCAAUCAGAUCUGCAGCUCCUUGAGGACCUGACCAAUCAGCUUGAGGCUCUCAAAACGGUGAACAGCAGCCUGGAGUCGAGAGUGAUGGACUUGGAGGAGAACAAUGACAUGCUGAAGGAAAACUGGAGAAAAGUGGCUGAUGAGGAGGCUGAUAGAAGGGAGUGCCUGGAAGACAAGAUCAGAGUGCUGGAAAGUGUGAAUAAUGAGAUGAAGAGUAAGUUGAAGGAGUAUGAACGUGAGCUGGAGUUGGGUUCUGGUCCGUCUAUUGCGACUGAAAUCAAUGCUGACACUAUUGAGAAGCUAAGUAACAGGAUUAGUGAGCUGGAACAGGAGUUAAAACGAGUGAAUGAAGGUUAUCUGGGAAGUGUUGAGACUUUGAUGACUGAACUCGAGGAAAGUAAGAAAAAUGAGGCUAGUCUGAGUGAAGCUGUGAAAGAAUUGGAAGUAAAUGAGCAGGAGCUUCAAGAUAAGAUUGCAGAAUUGGAGUCAGUUGUGUCUAGGGAAAAUAAAUUGAAUCCAAUGUGUGCAUCACAAGAAAGCUUAGUGGAUCAGUUGAGUGUAACAGGAAAGAGUGAGAUUGAGUUGAGAGAAGAACUUGCUGAAAUGCAGAAGGGUUAUGAAAAGAAAAUAACAAUGUUCAAAAGAGAAAUUGCCGAAUUGCAUCAGCAGGAGGAUGAUUUAUGUACAAGGAUUGAAGAACUGGAAGAAAAUGAAAUUAGUUUGAAUAAUAAAUUGUCAAAAUUGAAAGAAACUGAAAUGAAUUACAAAAAUAAAAUUGAGGAACUUGAAAAUAGGGAAACAAGUUUGACUAUAAGAUUUUCACAAAGGAUUGAGGAAAUGGAACAAAAUGAAAAGAAUACUUCUGAAAGAUUUAAACUGCAAAUUGAAGAAUUGAAACAAAAUGAAAAAGAACUUCAAGAUAAAGUGACUGAUCUUGAAGCAGAAAACCAAGAUCUGAGUCAGAGGGUUUUAAUUUUAGAGAAAUAUGAAGAAGAAUUGUCUGAGAAACAUAAAUGUGUUGAAGGUGUUGAACAAGAACUUAUAACAUUGGUAAAGUCUAAUCCUGUUGUAAAUGGUGCUAAUUCUGUAUUUUUGAAGGAAUCAUAUCAGACUGAUACUAAACUUGAAUGUGAAGCAACAGUGUGUGCUAAAUUAGAUUAUCAGAUAGCGACAGAAGAUUUUAGUUUACUCAGUGAAAAUCAAAAACUGAAAGAGACAGUUAUGAAACUCACCUCCAGUUUGCAGAAUUAUGAAAAAGAAAAAAAAUCUCUGGAAGAAAAGUUAAAGCGUAAUGAUAAAAAACGUAAGCGAUCAGAAAGGGCUGACAAUAGAACUGACUAUGAUGUCAUUGCAAGAGAGGUAGUUACUUACAAAGUGGAAGUGGAACAGCUCCGAAGUGAAAAUACUGACCUUCAUGAGCGUAUAAUGGAAUUAGAUGAGUCUGAGAGGUCACUGCAAGAAAAAAAUGAACAUCUUUCAAAGGAGGUAGAAUCUUUACAACAGAGUUACAGGCACGAAUGUGAACUGUCUAGUAGUCGAGAGCAAGAACUAGUCCAUAGAAUAAAUGAACUGGAAUCUUUUGAACAUAAAUUAAAAGGUGAGCUCCAUCAAAAUAAUGAGGAUCAAAAUGGUAUUCAAAAUGUGUGUGAGGAUCUUGGAAUUUGCAGUAAAAGACAAACAGAGUUGGUUGAUAAAAAUGUUGGCACUCAAGAUUUCAUGGAAGGCGUAGGACAAGAGCAAGGGAAACCAGUCUCAAGCAUGUUUGAAAGAAUUCAGAAACUGGAAUCAGAGAAUCAAGAGCUUUCAACAAAGUUGGCUGAAAUGACAGCAACAGAUUCACAAGUCAGAAAACUGUCUGAAAAGGUAAAAGGUCUUGAAGAGAAUGAAGAUUCGUUGAUGGAAAGAGUUAUGGAACUCGAGGAAGAAGAAGACAGGUUAAAACGUGAACUGUCAAGGGUCCGGAGUAGUGUCUCAGAUGUGAGUGAUCUAGAAGAAAAACUUACUGAGCUUCAUAGCAAAGAAGACGAGCUUAACAGCACUAUCGAAUCAUUAAAACUGGAAAAUGACUCUUUGAAAAUGGGUGUUGCAAGUUCAGAUUCUGAAAAAGGUGGAAUAGCUGUAAGAUUGGCAUCAGUUCAACAAAUGUAUGAAGAACAAAAGAAGAAAGUUGAAUCAUUGCUGAAAAGUGAGGAACAGUUGAUGAAAAGUGUUUCUUCAGAAAAGAAGGCAGCUAAAGCUAUGGAGGAAGAAUUAGCUGCCACUCAGGAAAAACUGGAAGAACUUCAAACUGAGUAUGAACAUAAACUGGCAGAUAAGGAUGAAAAUGAAAAGAUGAUCAAAGAUGAGUUAAAUAAAAUGUGUAGGGAAAAUCAAGUUCUGCAAAAGAAACUUAUAGAAUUUGAAAAAUCUAAUUCUGAACUUGAAGAUGAAAUAGAGCAUUGUAAAAUAUCUGAAUCUCGAAUGUUCCACAGACUUCAGCAGUUGAACACACAAAAUGAGGAGCUAGAAUUAAAACUCUCCAAACUUAUUAAACUAAUUCCUAAUGCAGUAGGAGAUGCCAGUGAAAAUCUUACAGAGAAGAAAGUCUCAAAUGAUCCUAUGUCUGAAAAUCCAGAAGUGGUUUCUGAAAAUCCACUGACAACAAGCAUUUUCACAGAAACUGAACUGGACUAUUUGAGAAGUAAAACACCAGACUUUGACCUUCUCGGCUCAGUUCCUCUAGAUAUGCUGAAAAAAAUGAAGAAUUUUGAUCAAAGAGAGCAAAAUUAUCAAAUAAAAAUCAAGGAAAUGGAAAAUAAGAAUAUCAAGCUAGUUAGAAAAAUGAAUGUUUUACAAAGCAAAGAGAAGGACCUUAAGCAUGAAAUCAAAGAAUUGCAACUAGAGUUGAUGAAAUUCCAUGCCAAGAAGUCAUUAAGAGCCACCUUUUCACUCAACGACGUUGAACGAUCGGGAUCAGAGGAUGGCAUUGAUAGUGAUAACCAGUCUGGUGAUGAUAAGGAAGACGACACAGACUGGUUCAAGGCGGAUGCUGUCGUCGUUGACAACGAAUAUGACAGUAUGAGUCAAGAGGAGCUGUUGUUAAGUGUAAAGCUGAUGAAUGAGAAGCAGAACCAGGACACUAAGAAGCAGGCAGAGCUGGAGGGGUUGCUCAACAGAGUGAGAGAUUUGAUGAAAAGGCUCGCUGGGGCUGUGGAGUGUGAAAGCUUGGACGACUUCGUGCAUACCCUUGAAAAUAUACAAGCAGAUGCAAACAAACUGGAAAGUGAGGAUUUGGGUGUGCAGACUGUGUUCACAUCAAUGUUGGAGGCAGUUACCAGACUGAGACAGAGACUUGAGGCCCUGCAGGACUCAGAACAGGCUCUCAGAUUGAGCCUUGCAGAGAGUGAGGUUGCUAUAGAGACGCUGUCAGCAGCGUCUGCGGAGAAGGUCCAUCAACUGCAGGCUCAGAUCCAUGUCUUGGCAAAGAUAUCUCACAGAUACCAGAACUGCGAGCAACAUGAUAUCGGAAUUCAGUCCAGCGUAGGCUUACACAAUCUCGAGCCCUCCAAGACGAUCAACAUUGACGUGCCUCCGUCUGCUCGCCUUCACAGCCUGCACCUGCUACAGAGUCUCGGCCAAUCAGAAACCAUCCAUGUGAAUGUGCCACCCACGCACGGCAGCCUAGAGUCAGAGGACUCUGACACAGGAUACUUUGGCUACCCAGAAUCCUCUGCGGGGUCAGCGGCCAUGAUGGACAGGGCAGAGGACGUUCUGCGGCAACGAAUCAGGGAGCUUGAGAAGCUGGAAAAACAUCUCAAACAACAGGUGAGCGACCUGGAGUGCGACCGAGAUGAGCUUCAUCAGAUUGCACGGAAGGACAAGAACACGAUCCAUGAACAGAAUGUGGUCAUACGCCAACUACAGCUGAGUCAGCGCAACCUACAGGAGCAGGUCACCAACUUUGAGAAGAGUGAGAACUCUCUGUACGCUCGUCUGGAUGAGAUGGAGGGUGAACUGGACGUCAAGGACGACCGCAUCCGUGACCUUGAGAUCCUCGAGGAGAGGCUAAAAGACCUCGUGAAGCAGUACAAGCUUGACGAGAAGAUCCUGCAGACCAAGUCACGUACACUGGAGUCCUCCGUCCGGGAAAUGUCAGAGAAGGAACAGACGCUCAAGCAGAAAGUGAAAAAUUUGGAGACGGAAAAGAGUGCGUUUUGCGAGCGCUCGGAAUAUCUGCAGCUGCGGUUGAAGGAAUUGGAGUCUGCAGAGACCGACUUGGCACAGAGAAGUAAGAAUCAGGAGAAUAUCAUGCAGACGUUGCAGUCGACUGUGAUAGAGUUGGAGACGUUCGGUGCUAACGCGCAUGCUCGGGUCGUGGAACUCGAGCAUGUUAACUUUGACCUUCAGCAGCGUCUGCAUCAUGCCAUGGUGGAGAACUCGCCGCUGAGCAAGCAGUUGCAUGCUGUGCAGGGUCGCCAUGAAGAUAUGGCAAGUGAACUGCAGGUGCUUCGGGAGGCAGAGGUCCGGCUGAGGCGGGAAAAUGAGGCUUUACAGAGCAGUGAGAUUGCACUUCAUGCAGAGCAGAAGACAUUGAGGCUGCAGAAGGUGGAUUUGGAGGCGCGGGUUCGAUCCCUUGAGGAGGCGGACUCGGUGCACAGGGACAGGCUGAGCCGGCUGCAGCGCAGUGAGAACACGCUUAAGUAUCGCCUACAGGAGCUUGAAACUUCCAGUAUAAAGACUCUAGAUGGCAGCCAGAUGGGGUCUGGCAGCAUGAAGUUGCCAAGGACAUUGGAGGAAUGUCAGCGUCGUAUCAUAGUUCUACAGACAACGUUAGCGGAACUGCAGUCAAGACUGCAAACACAGAACAAGGACUUUUCGGGAAACAGCCCAGAGGAGCCUGAUGGGUUCCCUGGCCAUGUUUCCAUGACUCAAGCCGAGUACCAGAUUCUACAGCAGAGGGCGAGUGUUGAAGUGGAGACCAGGAACCAGCUGGAGCAGGCUGAUAGGCUAAACUCACACUUGCAGGGAACCAUUGCACAACUACGACAGGGAAAAGAUGUCUGUGGCCAUGAAGUGGAGAUUGAGGUUCUCAGAAAGCGUCUUCAUGAGGCCAACAUGUCCAUCAAGAUGCUGCAGAACCAACCCAAAGGGCAGUGGGUCACACAGGGGCCAGAAGGACAGCAGCCAGGAAGUGGGGGGUCUCCUGGAGAGGAAGUGCAGGAGACUAUCUCCCGGACUUCCGCUGGCAGUGUCCAGAUGACAAGACCUCCAGGCCAGAAGUUGUCCCGUGAUCACAUGAUGGCUGAUCUGACGAGGAGCGCGCAGGCUGCUCGAGGUCAGACGGCCACCGAGGACGAGCACUGGCACGAGAUCGAGGCUCGUAUGGAGGCGGCAGACAGAGGGGGUGAACGCUGGGUCCGCGUUGGCAAGGCAACCAGCCUGUACGCGGCCGAACCGGAUACCAGCGGAAGAAGGUAUCGGGACCGGUCCCAUGGUAACCACGGUAACGAUGAGGUUCUAGAGGUGGCUGUAGCAUUACAGUCAGAAACAGAGUACUCUCAGAAUGACACAGAUUCUUGUCGCAGGGCGAUAUCGCCAUGGAUUCAUCAGCGGCAUAAUAAUGGAGUACUGAGUUCCAGAGGAGCUCGGAAUUCUACGGCCCCGCCACUGCCCCAUAACGGAUCCCUGACACACAGGGAGAGUCAUAGGCUCACAGAUGACAGUUUCGUGGAUAAUGUGCAAGACUGCUUUGAAGAGAGCAGAGAUCAAACUAAAGAAAUGCUGUACAGAAAACUGGAUUCCUCACACGUUCAUGGCAUGUCGGCGCCCAGCUUUGCUGAAAGUGUUGCCGACAGUGGAAGGGGAACCAACUCUGUAUCCAUGGCAACCAGUGCCUGUACACUCAGAGAAAGACUUCAACACAUAGAGAAACAACUUUCAACGCGAGAAUCAGACUCGGCUCGAGAGAUUGCCAGCGAGUUUGAUCUUACAACCUGGAAGUCCCAGGUGCAUGAGAGCAACCGCAGGCUGGAACUGGCGGAGAAAGACAACAAACAGGCUAAAGAUGAGAUUAACCGGCUAGAGAAGGAACUUGAGGAGAAGACAAGGCUGUACCAACAGCUGGAGGCGUUCCUGCGCAGAGUACAGGAGAUAGUAGCACUCAAGAACACAAUCAGUGACAAUGAGAUUGUAACACGGCUAGAGAAGGAGGUGGCCAGGCUGGUUUCCAGCGUCCCAUUGCUUGGAGAGUGCCCCACAGACGGGGUACCGGACCUGGCGGCACUCAGCGCUGAGCUUGCCAAAAAGGACCGGGAACUCAGUGCCAAGCGCAACGAGACUGACAGUCUUCUACAGGAGCUGCGUCAGUGGCAGCUGGAGUGUCGCACCAUAGAGGAGAUGCGCACAGCGGCGCUGGACUCACUGCGCGGGCUGGAACUUGAACUAUCAGACCUGCAGCUGGCCGACAGGCAACUGAAGGAUAUCAAGGAGGAGUACAACACUCUCAAGGGACAGUUCCUGAAAUUAGUUGAUGCAUACAAAGACCUUGAAAUGGUGCAACACAAAUAUGAUGACCUUCUGAAAGAAAGAGAUAAACUUGACAUUGAAAAUGCUGGCCUGAGGUCAAAGGUCAAAUUCUUAGAAGAACAGGUCAAGAUUCUGGAGGAGGCCAACAAGAAAGGUCAUGACCUUUCAGAAAAGCUUAUAGAGUUGAAAGGUCACCAAGCGGAACAUGAGAAAGUAAAAAUGGAAAAAAAAUCCUUGGAGAAGAAUCUGGAAGCAGUUCACAGCUUGUUGAAUGAAAGGAUAAAAAAGGUUGAAUCGUUGACUGAAGAACUGUUUGAGUUACGUAAGAAAGUAUCAACAUCGGACCAGGACAACUAUAAACUCAGACAGCAGAUGUUGAACAAGAAAAACAAUGAACAUUCUAUGAAGAGCUCAAAAUUGGAGCGAAGCAGUAGUAUGAAUAAGCGUAACCAUGGCAACAUGCAAGAUAGCAACCAUAUGGCAGCAGAUGGACCCGGUAACCAUAGUGAUAAUGUUGUGAAGAAGCCCCCAAACAACCUUUCUAGCAACCGACAGCGACUGGCAACAGACAAGCAGAGGAGUGCGUCCCCGGCAACCACACAUACACGCCUGGUACAGCUGACCAACCUCUGCAAUGACAAGGACAUGCUGAUAAAGAAGCUCGUUCAGGAGCUGAAGAAGUUCAAGUCCGGGACUCAAGCUUCCAACCUGGUGGAGGAGCUGAGUAGGCUAGAGUCUGAUCACAACCACAACUUGCUGGCGCGCUCCAUCUCUCAGUCCUCCCUCGACAGCCUCGAGCGCAUGUCCGUGGUGAGCGACACAGAGCUCCUGCGCGGAACCAGCCCCUCACUGGCCCACCGGCCCCACUCCGCCGACAUACAGCCCCACCGGGGUGCGCCACACCGCGCCAGCUUCCAUGGGCAUUCAAACCUACCUCGACACCAUCCCGGACGUCAUAGCACCACCCCUAUACACCGGCUGUCUUCCAAACACGGGCACCUGCGUUCCAGCACCACACACUCCCCUUCCCCCCACCCUCCUGGUGGUCGAAGAUCGUCGUUGACUUCGUACUUAAACGGUGGUGAUCAUGAACACAAGACCACGCAGUAUGUUGCCAUAGCAGACUACGACCCGGCUGUGUUCUCCCAGAGUGGACACCCAAGGCUGGAGCUACCUCUGGCAGAGGGGGACAUAGUGUUGGUUACGGGACCCUUGCAUGACAGUGGUUAUGUGGAAGGGGAAGUGAGGGGGAGGGUGGGAUUGGUUCCCCUGAGCUACUUGCAGCCCAGCUCCCCUCAUAGGAGGGGCAGGAAUCAGCACCCGAUACCCGCCCAUCUGAACGCAAGCCCUGAAAGGAUAGCGCAGAUGUACAACAGUCUUCAUGGGCUAUACACCACUAUGCCACAUGGUCACCAUGCAGGUAUUCCAGGGGGUGUCACAGACCUGCCUGGCAACCGACACACUGUUGCCACCGUGAAGCAACCACCUGACACACCUGGUAACUUCCAUGUGGAGAAGAUCAUUGGUCACAAUGGCUUGAUGUUGGCAUGGCAACCGGUUGCCCUAAACAACAAUGGCUGCAAUAAUGGCGUCAGAGUGACUGGAUAUAAGGUGUUCAAAGACAACAAGCUGGCAUUACAGCCGCGGGGUCGCCACGCGUCCAAGGCCAUCAUAGAGAACGUGGGUCUACAGUCGCAGCACAGGUUUGGCAUAGUCACGGUGGCGGUGGAUGGGUCAGUGUCCGCUCUGUCAGAGAUCCUGUAUGAGGGGGUGGAUGAGGUGACGUCAGAUGAGAACAGUGACACAGAGUCGGAGAUGGACCUCACCAACACACUCAAUGUAGACGAGUACAAGUCAGGCCAGAAACGAACUUUUAUUGGAGUGUAUGACUAUGAUCCAGCGAAGAAUUCUCCGUAUGAACAUCCUAGCUGUGAGCUUGCAUUCAGCGCUGGGGACGUGAUAACAGUGUAUGGCAGACAGCGGGGGGAUGGUUUCUAUUAUGCCGAGAUCAAUGGUGUGCGAGGUCUGGUUCCUACAUUCUUCAUUGAGGAGAUGCCACAGCCGCCACCCAGGACCAAGAAGAUUGCUGCCAGGAACAAACACAGCCUCAAGGAAAAGUCAGACAAACCAGACAACUGACCUUGACCUCUGGAUGUCGUCAUCAAGAAUGUGUUGAUAAUUAUGUAUCACUAACUAAUUGUUCAUUCAUCUGAUCAAUUCACUGUUAACAAUUGUUUACUGUUUUGUACAAACCUGGUAGUAUAUUAACCUGAAAUCCAUUUGAUUAUUUAUCACAGUGCUACUUUCAUUUACAUUGUGUACAUUCCCAUUGUUCAGUUUGAGUAACUACAACAAUUUGUACCUGUGCAAUUUAACAUAUGUCUAAUAGCCGUUACAAUUAUGUGUUCUACCCGUGUGUACUCAUCACUGAGAGGUCAAGGUCACUGCAGCAAGGUCAAGGUCGUUUUAAGUGAUUAGCUGGUUAAGCCGGUUAGCGUGUAUUUGUUUUCGUGAAUCUUGACAUUGGGCAGCCAAUGUCAAGGUCAACAUGUAUGAUAUUAUAAGAACAAACAUUUUGUAGUGCAUCUUUUAAAGAAAUUAACACUUUUAAUAGUUGUUAUUGCCUUUAUGAUUUUGAGUUUAUGAUUUUAAGUAGCAAUAAUCCAUGUUAUUUAUAUUUUUAUAAAAUUAAAGAUCUGAAUUAGUGA